GUCCGUCCCCCUGAGGGUGAGCGUGAGGCGGGGUGAGGAGCCAGGCGGCGCCGGUGCCUGUGAUGGAACCAGCUCUCUGAGAGGAGACUACACCUCUAACUGAAGGAAACCGAAACCAGGAGCGGAGACACGGCGAGUCUGUCGGCGGGUCUGCGGGGCUCACAGGGACUUCGAUAUGAUAUUAGUUAGACUUGUUCUCAUGCUGGGCUUCCUUCAGGACAGUACAGGUCAGUUUGAGAAGCGCUUGAACAAAUAUAUUCAUCAUUAUGAAGGUCUGUCAUACGACACAGAGGCCCUGCACAGCAGACACCAGAGAGCCAAGAGGGCGCUGUCUCCUCAGGACCAGACCCUGCACCUCGACUUCCACGCUCAUGGAAGACAUUUUAACCUGCGGAUGAAGAGGGAUACCACUCUGUUCUCUCCAGAUCUCAUCAUUGACGUAUCAGGGGAGGAGAGAUCUGUUGAUACGUCGCAUAUUUACAGUGGAGAAAUCUUUGGUGAAAAGGGCUCUCUGACCCACGGCUCUGUGGUCGACGGGCGGUUUGAAGGCUUCAUUAAAACCUAUCAGGGAACGUACUACGUUGAACCUUCAGAGAGGUACCUGCAGGACGACAACGUGCCCUUCCACUCUGUCAUCUACCAUGAGGAUGACGUCAAUUAUCCUCAUCAGUACGGCUCGGAGGGCGGCUGUGCUGACCACUCUGUGUUCGAGAGGAUGAGGAGGUACCAGGCGUCUGCAGCAGAGGAACCAGUUAAAGGGGUGAGCAGAGUUCAUGAGGAGGAGAGCUCCCAUGGUCCGGUCAUCCUGAGGAGGAGGAGGGCGGCUGGGAAAGAGAAGAACACCUGUCAGCUCUUCAUCCAGACCGACCACCUGUUCUACAAAUACUACGGCACCAGAGAGGCUGUCAUCGCUCAGAUCUCCAGCCACGUCAAAGCCAUCGACUCCAUCUACCAGGCCACAGACUUCAUGGGCAUCAGAAACAUCAGCUUCAUGGUGAAGAGGAUCAGAAUCAACACCACCUCUGAUGAACGCGAUAAAUCUAAUCCUUUCCGCUUUGCCAACAUCGGAGUGGAGAAGUUUCUGGAGCUGAACUCUGAACAGAACCAUGAUGACUACUGCCUAGCUUACGUCUUCACUGACAGGGACUUUGAUGAUGGAGUGCUGGGUCUGGCCUGGGUCGGAGCUCCAUCAGGGAGCUCUGGAGGAAUCUGUGAGAAGAGUAAACUGUACUCAGACGGGAAGAGGAAGUCUCUGAACACCGGGAUCAUCACUGUGCAGAACUACGCCUCCCAUGUUCCUCCCAAAGUCUCACACAUCACCUUUGCUCAUGAGGUUGGACACAACUUUGGCUCUCCUCAUGACUCUGGGAUCGAGUGCACCCCCGGCGAGUCAAAACUCCAGGAUAAAAAGGAGCAGGGCAACUACAUCAUGUACGCCAGAGCAACGUCUGGAGACAAGCUCAACAACAACAAGUUCUCCAUCUGCAGCAUCCGCAACAUCAGCGCUGUCCUGACCAAGAAGAGAGACCAGUGUUUCGUUGAGUCUGGUCAGCCGAUCUGUGGUAACGGACUCGUGGAGGGUGGAGAGCAGUGUGACUGUGGCUACAGCGAUCAGUGUAAAGAUGACUGCUGCUACAGUGCCAACGAAGAGGAGGGAAAGAAGUGCAAACUGAAACCUGGAAAACUCUGCAGCCCUAGCCAGGGCCCAUGCUGCACACCAGAGUGUAUUUACAAAAGCUCAGCUGAGAGCUGCAGAGCAGAGUCUGAAUGUGCUCAAGAGGGAAAAUGUAACGGACUCACCGCUCUGUGUCCGACCUCAGAACCAAAGGAAAACUUCACCUCAUGCCACUCAGAAACACAAGUCUGCAUCAAUGGGGUCUGCUCCGGGUCCAUCUGUGAGAAGCACUCUCUGGACGUUUGUACCUGUGCUAGCCAGGAAGGAAAGGACGAGGCCGCCGAGCUGUGCCACGUCUGCUGCAUGAAGAAAGGUGACCCCAGCUCCUGCAGCAGCACUGGCUCAGAGAAAUGGGCCCAAUUCUUCAACAAGAAGAUCACGACGCUGCAGCCCGGCUCGCCCUGCAACGACUUCAAGGGCUACUGCGACGUGUUCAUGAGGUGUCGCCUGGUGGACGCUGAUGGGCCUCUGGCCAGGCUGAAGAAAGCUAUCUUCAACGCAGAGCUGUAUGAGAAUAUAGCUGAAUGGAUAAUGGCUCACUGGUGGGCAGUGCUGCUGAUGGGCAUCGCUCUCAUCAUGCUAAUGGCUGGUUUCAUCAAGAUCUGCAGCGUGCACACCCCCAGCAGUAACCCCAAACUGCCCCCACCAAAGCCACUGCCAGGUACGCUGAAACGGAGGAGGCCUCAGCACGCCAACCCUCAGUCCCAGGGCCAGCGUCAGUACCGACAGCAGCACAGAGAGAACUACCAGAUGGGACAGAUGAGACGCUGAGACCCGGCUCGUUGCCUUGGUUCUUCUAGUGCCUACAGAGGGAGCACUUCACUCCAAAGAGUUACCUUUACCACACAUACUGCAACAUUCAAACAACAACUCAGUGUCACUGGACAAACCCUGAAGUGUUUUUGUGUUUUUUUGUUUGGGCUCUAACAAACUCACUCAGCACCUCUGCUCUGAGCCAAUCAGCAGCGGUUCACUCAGCUUUUAUAGGAAAUGAAUCAUUUUUCCAGGGAGGAGAAACUCACUGAUCUCUGUCCUGUGGUCUUAAUCUUUCUCUUUGAAUGUUUUUUUUCUUAAAUCAGAAAAUAGAGGAGAGAAAAGCAGGUCUGUCAGAGUUUCCUUCCUUCCUGUUUCCUUCCUGCUCUUCCUCUGAAGUGCUGCCACCUUCAGCACAACAGCAGGACUGCAACUCACUUGAGUUUUUGCUGCCAAACUGGAAGAAAACUCUUUUAUUUUUUUGCCAAUGUAAUUAGAAUGUUUUAAAUCAAACCUCCAUCAGAAAAGCUUUUUAUUUCUCCUUUCAGUGCAGUUGUACAAAUGUUGCAGUAGAUUUUAUUUUCUCUUUCAGAUGAAAUUGAUUUUCUGUAUGAUGAAGAUUAUUUUACUGUUUAAUUCACUUUCUCAGGAUUAAUAAAAUAACAGCAAACAACUGUAUGAGGUGGAGGGGGCAGCUGCAUGUGUGUUUCAGGGUAAAGUCCUGUUCACAGAGGUAGAGGGCAGUUAGUAUGAAGGGAAUGUAGAUGAAUGGGUUUGGAUGUAAAUGUGUCAUCUGAUAGUAGACAGAGGGCUGUGGAGGGAGGCUGAUUUUCUGUAUGUGUCUUGUUGUGAUGUGGUUUUACAGCUGAGUUUACAUUAGGGUCUGUAGGUUUGUGUAGUGUGGGGCUGAAAUAACUGGUGAGAGAAGUUUUUAUCAACCUGAUUGUAUCACACAGCCAGAUAAACAACCUGUCUGCUUAAAUUAUGAUUGUGGAUUUAGCUUUUAUUGAUUUUACUUGCAGCUCAGAUUAUUUGUAUAUUUGGAAGAAUUGAAUCAUCUGAGGAAAACUAGAUUUUAAUUUUACAGUUGCGCUGUUGCUGCUGUUAACAGAUAUUUACCAGAGCAAACAAUCAUCCACCGCUCUUCUGUUCUGUCCUUUAUUUUCCUACUAACCGGGAUUUUCUCAUAGAACUUUGUUACCCUUGUUACGCCCUCGUUAGUUCGUGUAAUGGCAUUAAAAAUGUGCCUCAGAGCAGUGUGACUGAAGUUGUUGUAACAGAGUCAGUGAUCUUUACUGCUGCUGAAACAGUCGGAGCAGUCUGAGUGGCUGAAACUGAAACUGUUAGAAGUGAUGAUAAUCACAGGGAAUGUAAGAGGUGAUCGGCCUUCACAUGAAAAAUAUUAUAUUAUAUUCUACAUUUGUUUCCAGAUUUUUAUUGAGAUUCAUAUUUACUGUUUAUGAUGUUAAAUUACUGUCCAGCUUUAUCCUGAGUUUUCACUCGUCUUCAGAUUUAAUCGUCACUGACAGAUGAGAGUGCAGAAUACUCUAAGUUGAGUUAUGAGCAAAUAUAAAAAUAUAAAUGUAUAAUUUUUUAAAGUGUUUUUAGGAUAGAAGAACUCAGUUGAGCAAAGAUAGACUUUAUAUUUUUUCUUGCCCUUACAGCAGAACUGCUCAGCGUUGUUUCAGAUGUCGAUCAGAGUCUAUGCAGAGUUUAAAAUGCUCAACAGCAAACAACUCAGCCUCUUCACAGAGAAAUGCCUUCAUUGUUUUCUCCUGAACACACACGGAUGAUUCUGUUGUGUUUCUAUAACAGAUUUGUUGCUCAUGUAUGUGUGUCACAGCAAAGUUUCUGAACAGAAAAACAUGAGUCCUCUGUCGCUUCCUUUUCUGAAUUUUGUUUGUAUUAUAACUUUUAAAGCUUUGUGUGUGUGUGUGUGUGUGUGUGUGUGUGUGUGUGUGUGUGUGUGUGUGUGUGUGUGUGUGAGUUGCCUUGCUGAAUCAUGGUUAUCUUCUUUAAGUUGCUGUAGUAUGAUGUGGACUGUAGUGGGUGUUUAGGGUUAAAACUCUGGGAAAUUUUUCUCUCUUUAAUGUUUCUAUGAUGCAGAGAAAAUGUGCACUGAAGUGUAAGUGUCGUAAAUGGUAAAGAUUCACUUCUGUCUCCUGUGUUUUAUACAGAGUCUUUUUUUUGUCCUGUUUCCCACUCUGCUUACUCUGGAAAUUUUACUAAAUUUACAAAGGUAUUGUGCAAAGAUAUAGUUUCUUUUGAACUACUUGAAAUGCAUUAAUAAACAAGAGUUGAUCAAA